AAUUUACACAGAAGAACCUUUUUAGGAAUAAACCAUGUGGCAAUGAUUUAGUUUAGAUCGAAUAACUGAAUAUACAGAAAUGAAUACGAUCCACUGCUCAAAAUGUGUUUUUUCAAAUGUCUUAAAUCAGGCCUUUUUAAGAAGGAGGAAUGCUUUCCAUGGAGGGUUGCACUGGAAGGUUACGAAUAUGCAAAGUUUAGGUUUUCCACAUAAAAACGCACAUCGUUCUAACAACCUUUCCUUGUACAAAAAGCUUCACUUUCCAGAACAAAACAGUUGGUUUUGCACUAACGGCAGCAAUACGUCUGUCAGUGAUCCCUACUUUACAACGUCUGCAUACACAAGACCUAAACAGCAGCACAGUCGGGACGUUUUUAACAUUGACGUGCUGGUGUCUCUUCUUCGGCAAGAGAAUGCUGUAGACAUGUGCGUGAUCCGUGUGCCGAAAGAGCUCAAAUACGCGGAGCAUUUCAUCGUCGUCAGUGGUUCAUCAACGAGGCAUCUCAAGGCUAUGGCUCUGUAUGCCAUCAAAGUGUACAAGUUUAUGAAAAGAGACUGUGAUCCGAACGCGCUCAUAGAGGGCAGGGAUGCUGAGGACUGGAUGUGCAUCGACUUUGGUGCUAUUGUAGUGCACUUCAUGCUGCCCGAGACCAGAGAAGUCUACGAGCUGGAGAAACUCUGGACCCUGCGGUCUUAUGAUGAACAGCUGAGGGACAUUCCUCCACAAAUGUUCCCUGCUGACUUCAUCUUUGAUGCUGAAACCAAGUAACACAAUGAGGGGACUGCUUAUGUACUAACAGGACUGUUGACAGACACAUCUGUUCACUAUAUAUGCAGCUAUUAUAUCUUAAAUGUAGACAGAUGAACUAUUGUUUAAUAACAUGUUCAAUAAACAUCAGAAUGUGUAAAACGAG